AUGGAUUGGAUCUGGUCAACAACAAUCGCACUAGCAAUCACAUUCCUCUACCUCCUUCAUCAAUGGCACAACCCCUCAAAAAACAAGAAGAAGCCAUCUCUCCCUCCCGGCCCGAAAGGCCUCCCAAUCAUCGGCCACUUCCACUUACUAAGCAACAACCCCCACCAAGAUCUAUUCCAUUUAUCCCGCAAGCACGGCCCGAUCAUGUACACCCGCUUCGGCUCCAUCCCAACCAUCAUCGUCUCCUCCCCCUCCGCCGCCGCCCUCUUCCUCAAAACCCACGACCUCAUCUUCGCCGACCGCCCCCACCACGAGGCCGCCUUCCACCUCGGCUACGAGCAGCGCAACCUCGUCUUCGCCCGCUACGGCCCCUACUGGCGCAACAUGCGCAGGCUCUGCGCCCUCCACCUCCUCAGCGGCCUCAAGGUCUCCCAGUUCGAGGCCACGAGGCGGGCUGAGGUCGCCAGCAUGGUCGCCUCGCUGAGCGAGGCGACCGUGGCCGUCGAUAUAGGCGUCACGGUGGCGGCGGUGAUCGCGGACAUGAUUAGUCUGAUGGUGUUUGGAGGGAAGUUUGCGGAGUGGGAGCUGGACGGGGCGAGGUUCAAGGAGGUGAUGACGGAGGCGGUGGCGGAGGGGGCGGCGUUCAACCUCGGGGACUAUUUUCCGAGGCUGAGGUGGAUGGAUCUCCAAGGCUCGGCGCGGCGGCUGAGGAAGCUGAGUGGGAUUUUUGAUGGGUUUCUUGAGAGGAUUAUUGAUGAGCAUGUUGGGAGGAAAGAGAGGAGUCUUGAUUUCGUCGAUACGAUUAUGGGAGUUCUUGAAUCCGGUGAGGCUGGGUUCGAGUUCGACCGCCGCCAUGUCAAGGCAGUGUUACUGGAUAUGUUGAUUGCAGGAAUAGACACUUCAGCAGCGGCAGUGGAAUGGACACUGGCUGAACUAAUCAGGCAUCCAGCAGAAAUGAAGAGACUCCAAAAAGAUCUUGAACGAAUCGCGGGGCGAAAUCAGAUGAUAGACGAACAUCAUCUUUCCAACCUCGAAUACCUCGAUUGUGUCAUCAAAGAAUCAAUGAGGCUUCACCCCGUUGGUCCGUUGCUCAUCCACCAAGCCACGGAAGAAUGUGUCGUUGGAGGAUACCACAUACCGAACAAAGCCCGAGUUCUUGUGAAUGUGUGGGCUAUCGGGAGGGAUCCGGAUGUUUGGCCAGACCCCGAAAGAUUUACUCCUGGUAGAUUUCUAGGGAGCAGAGUGGAUCUCCGCGGUCAAGAUUUUCAGCUCAUACCGUUCGGGUCGGGUAGAAGGGGUUGUCCCGGAUUGCAGUUGGGGUUAACCGUGGUUCAAUUGAUGGUGGCACAGUUGGUUCAUUGCUUUGAUUGGGAGCUCCCUAAUGGAAUGGAGCCUGGUGAUUUAGACAUGUCUGAGAAAUUUGGUUUGGUCACUUCUAAAGCAGAGCAUCUCAUGGCUAAGCCGGUUUAUAGGUUGUCUUAAUUAAAGUCCAAGUUUAUUCAAUUCGAAAUAGUAAUAAAUAAUCCAGUUUCAACUUUGAUAAACAAUUAUAUAUGUUUGAAUCUAUAAUAAACAGAUGUAUUAUUUGAACGAUCUUUAAACUUUAAAGUAAUGAUUAAAAGAUUAAGCGUAUGCAUCAUGCGAAUGUCAUUUCCCCCUUGAUUUUAUGCAAGCAUUUUAUAUAA